GAGUGCUGCUGGAGCCCAGGCAGAGGGAGCCUGGGAGAGGAAAGGAAGGUGGUGGGAGCUGGAACAGCAGCAACUGGCUCCCAGCCUGGGCAGACUAUGACAGCAACGCCACUGGGCUCCUUGGGGACGGCCAGCACAACCACACCAGCAUCUCCCCCGCCAUCCCCAUCAUCAUCACUGCUGUCUACUCCGUGGUCUUCGUGGUCGGCUUGGUGGGGAACUCCCUGGUCAUGUUUGUCAUCAUAAGGUACACCAAGAUGAAGACAGCGACCAACAUCUACAUCUUCAACCUGGCUAUGGCAGAUGCUCUUGUUACCACCACCAUGCCCUUCCAGAGCACAGAGUACCUGAUGAACUCCUGGCCCUUUGGGGAUGUGCUGUGUAAAAUUGUGAUUUCUAUUGACUACUAUAACAUGUUUACCAGCAUUUUCACCCUCACUAUGAUGAGUGUUGAUCGAUACAUUGCUGUGUGUCACCCUGUGAAGGCUCUGGAUUUUCGCACACCUCUGAAAGCAAAAAUAAUCAACAUCUGUAUCUGGCUGCUGUCCUCCUCUGUUGGUAUAUCAGCAAUAGUUCUUGGAGGAACCAAAGUCAGGGAAGAUACUGCUAGCACUGAAUGCUCCUUGCAGUUUCCAGACAGAGAUUAUGUGUGGUGGGACAUCUUCAUGAAAAUCUGUGUCUUUGUCUUUGCAUUUGUGAUUCCAGUUCUCAUUAUCAUAGUUUGCUACACUCUGAUGAUUCUGCGCCUGAAGAGCGUGCGGCUCCUCUCCGGGUCUCGGGAAAAAGAUCGAAACCUGCGUCGCAUCACCAGGUUGGUUCUGGUGGUUGUGGCAGUUUUUAUCAUCUGCUGGACUCCUAUUCACAUUUUUGUGCUGGUGGAGGCCUUAGGGGACGUGUCCCACAGUACUGCUGCCAUAUCCAGCUAUUACUUCUGCAUUGCUCUGGGUUACACCAACAGCAGCCUCAAUCCAAUCCUUUACGCGUUUUUGGAUGAAAACUUCAAGAGAUGCUUCAAGGACUUCUGCUUCCCCUUCAAGGUGAGGAUGGACAGGCAGAGCACCAGCAGAGUCAGAAACACUGUGCAAGACCCAGCUUACAUGAGGGAAGCAGGUGGGACGAACAAACCUGUAUGACUAGUUGUGGAAAUGUCAUCUUACUGUCCUCAGGAGAGAGAGGAGUCCAACGACCUCGGGCUGACGCAGAUUACCACUGCGGUUUGAAAUCAACCCCCCAGACAGACAUUUCUGGAACCUUUCACAAAUCCCAGCACGUUUACUACUGAUAAAAAAGAACCUCCUGAAAAUAAGCUCAAAUGGAGAGGGCCUGGAUGAUGGUCAGGUUUUGACACCAUAUCUGUUGUACUUGAGCCAGCACUAAAACACACUUUUGCAGUGAGGAGAUAGUGCUGCAUGGGGUGAUUCUGGAUAAGAAUAGUUCUGUCUCUCCUCUUUGCAGUGUGUAACAUUGUAGUAAGCAGCACUUGGUCAGAAAACUGAGCUGUACCAGAAACUUCUGCCCCAACAGUGAUUGCUUCUAAAGUAUGGAGUUUGACAACUUGAUCCUCUUUAACAGUGAAGGGUGUUGGUUUCUGUGAACAAUGCCAGAGCUAUAACCAUUAUUGUCCUCAAUUAAUAUAUCUGUAACCCUUGUCUGUGCUGUGAAAAUCCAAUUUAAGCAUGAUCUACCUACACACCAAAGUGAUUUUAUUGUGUCUGUGUAUGGUAAAGCCUUUUGGCAUUCAAAAAUAUUGGAAUUUAAGGAGAAUUGUUAUCACGUGUUUAAUCACCUGUGUGUAAUGUUUUGUAUGUGUGAUUUUCCAAGGUGGUUGUUUCUUUAUUGAAUCUGAAUAAUUAAUAUAUGCAUUUUCAGAGUGUAUAUUGAACAAGAGGCUAGAAAACUUCAAAUGUUUCACUUGUUACAAAAGUGAUGAAAAGCUGUAUUACAUGCAUUAUAUGGAGGAAACACUCUCAUGUGUAACUUGUUUUCCUGGACAAUAGACAAUAUGUAAGCAGACUUAAAUAAAUAUUUGACAAAUUACAAAAAAGUGAAGUAGCACAUGAACUAACUGGAUUGAUACAAAGCAAAUUAAAUAUUACUGGAUGCUUUAAUGGCAUUGAAAGGAAAAAGUUGCUGGUUUAUUGAUGCUGAUAUAUUUUCUUUGACACAGUCCUAUGAAUUCAGUAAUUUUCUCUCUUUUCCUGUGAAGAUGGAGGUGUCAAGGCACAGCUAAUAAGUUACUAGCUUGCUGAAGGCAAAACUGACCUAACUUCCAGUCUUAGACUUUUGUUUUUCUGAUGUUAUAUAUUACAACUCCCACUCCUGCUGCUGCUGCAAUUUGGAGGAAUGCUCUCAUUACUUCACCCUGAAUAGAUACACCAUAUAUCUUCUUGUUAUUUUUGUUCUUUAUACAAAAUAAAGAAUAAGGUGGGUGCCUUCAUUUCAGGGCAAAUUUUCUCAGAAACACAAUCUGAUUUGGUCCUAUCAGACCAAAAAUGCUUUAUGCACACCAGUAUAAAUAAUGAGUUUUAUCUUGGGCUAGCUGGCAGUGCAGUUCCUUUGGAAGUGUGUAGAAAUUCAGCCUUCUGCAGGACUUCCAUAUACUUUUUUGUUAAUACAGUCAUGUAUGUCAAAUAUUUUUGAUAUCAAGUUGAUAUAUGCUGUUGUUGAAAUGCUAAAGGUAACUCUUUCUGGACAAGUUUCAACAUGAAGAAUUAUAGCUGACCUCAGGAUGCUUGCUUUACCUGGGGAAAUGAAUGAUGCUCACACAACUGCUGAGUCUCACCUCCUAUUCUGUCAUUCAUUCAUUUUUUUAACAUUCACCUACCUUUCUAAAUUAAGUCCUGACCUUUAAAUGGCCACAAAAAGAGAAAUUUUAAGGCAAAAGUUGAAAACCCAAGAUAUUUAUCAAGUUAGGAGCAAGUGAAAUGGGAAAGAUCUAGAAUCUAAUUAAUCAUUUUCAUUCAGAAUAACCUGUGUUCUUUUUCAUGACUUACCAUUUGCAUAUCUAUGUCUGUAUUUGAAUAGAAUUUUGUUCUACACAUUAUGUGAAAUGCUCUGCAUUGUGAUGAAAAAUCAGUGCUCUUAAUUUGCAAAAAGGAGGCUUCUAAUAAUAUUUUUGGAGGUUUAUGUUUUUAAGAAGAAGAUCAUCAUUUCUAUCACAGUGGGAGGAAAGUAGAACUUCCUAACAAUUAAGCUUGCAAAAUGCCAUAAGUAAUGUGUUCCUAAAGGUUUAUUUUUUUUCAUGGAAUAUUAACAGCCAAAUUAGUCUGAAUGCAGUAGGAAGGUGUCUCAGAAGUUUUCUAGUCAAACUUACUACACUUCACUGAACAACAGCAGAAAACUGGCCAAGAUAUCUUUAACACAUGAGAAGUUACACCAGAAACAGGUACCAUGGUUUUGCUCACAGAAUCUGCUUCUAGAUGAUUAAAUUCCCAUUGCAAAGCUCUUCACUCUGUAACUGCAGGCCAAUGACUCACCUUCUGUCUCAUGCCUGGCCCAGGAGUGGGUCUGGGUGGGAAUGGGGCAGCAGGGACAGGCUGUGCUGUCCCAGGGGCCCUGGAGGAAGGGAGCUGGGGGCAGACACAUGCAGACAGCCUGGGAAUUAGUUGUGCUUGCUGCAACCACUCUUACCUCCCUUUCUUACUGGAGGUUCCAAAAAUUCAAUGCUGCAAAAACAUGGUCAUGGACCUGUUUGUGGGGCUAAAUUCCAAUUAAGCAAUUAGUGUGGAUAGUUAAUAUGUCACUUUCUGUGUUUUUUGCUUCUUUUAACUGAGAAAUCUUUUAUUUGGAAAAUAUACUUGGCAUUCUGGUUCAGGACAGAUCAACAUAUGGCAGAGAAAUGAUGCUCAGAUGCUGAGAAAUCUCAAGUGUAGUUAAUGAGCAAUAUCUCAACAUGAUGAGAAAUUCAGAGGAAAACUGAAAAUGAAAUUUUUCUCCUGUGAAAGGCAAAGGGAAAGCACACCAAUUUGAGCCAGAAUUCCUUUUGGUUCUGUUAAAUUAAUGUAGUCUUUGCAAGAAGACAGGGAGAUUGUGCUGGGAUUUUUGUUUCCUUAAUUGCUUAUCAAUACUUAAUCAAACAUAAUCACUGUAAAUACUGCUGUUUUCUUCCCAUUUAAGUUUUUUCUUCAGAGAAAAAUGUGGAUUCAGCAAAAUUGGUUGAGUUUGUGAUAAGUUAUGUAAUCUGUC